AUGCAAGAUACUGAUGAAUUCCUUUCCGAUCUGAAUUCAGUGAAGCCCAAAGAAUACGCUCUAAGAAUGUAUGACUCCGUGGGGAAGCUUGGGAGCAAUAUUCUUAACGGAAACGUAGACAGGCUGGGAUCUUACAGCGAGUGCCUCUCCGCCCACGCGCCCAAGGGGAGCUUCCGAGGGCAGUACUGCAAGCUUCGUGUACUGCAGGAUGGAGCCGACUACAAUGUGGGCGUGUGUGUACCCGAUUCCUGUGCUGAGGAGGACGUGGCUGCGAUGUCUCAGCUGGAUAUUUUAAGAUUCAGAAAUACUUCGUUUUUGGCCCCUUCCCUCUCUCUCUUUACAAUAAAUUCUUCCUCCUCGUCGGGUGGGAUUGUGGCCAGAUGUGCUGCUGGAAUGUUCCCCCUGGACACGUUUGCUGCCGUGUGUCUGUUCAUCACCUUGCUGGGUCUCUGCCUUCCUCUGGCUGGAACUGUGUACGUGGCAGCCAGGGGCUGGCGGGCAGAACGCAGGACGUCGCCGGAACAUGGGACACCUUCGGCCAGUUACGGGAGUCUGCCUUUGAGAGAGGCGGGGAGCCGGGAACAAAGAAACAGGUCACACUGUCGUGUUCAAUUGCCAGAGCCUGGCUCUCUGUCCAGGGGAAAACGGUUUCUAGGAGGCGUGGCUCACGCUCUGCAGUGCUUUUCUUGGCAGAAGAAUGUGCCGGCCAUCUGGACGACAAAGACACCAGGCGGCACCUGCCCUGCACUGAAUGGCAUCCGCGUCUUGAGUCUCCUCUGGAUCAUCUCGGGACACACCAGUCAGAUGACCGCAUGGCUGUCUUUGGAUAAUGUACUUGAAUGGAAAACCAGAGUGCUUAAAAACCCACUGUACCUUUCUUCUCGGAGUGGCCCAUUCUAUCUCGGAGUUGAUACAUUUUUCCUGAUCAGCGGUUGGUUAAGUGCAAGGUCAUUUUUAAAGAUGCGUCAGAAUUCAGACAAAGGAAUAACCCCCAAGGUCAUACUCAGAUACUUUUUCAGCCGCCUGAUAAGGCUGCAGCCUCUGCACGUGUAUUCAGUGUGCCUGCUGGUGGGACUGUUCUCUCUCGUUCCCUGGGGUCCUGUCUGGGAAGUGCCCAAAUUCCACUGGGAUAACUGCCGACGAGCUUGGUGGACAAAUCUGCUGUUGCUAAAUAACUUUGUGUCGGUUCGGAAUUCGUGCAACGGCUGGACGUGGUACCUUGCCAAUGACUUCCAGUUCCAUCUCACAACGCCGGUGAUCAUCUUCGUCCACGGAAAAAAUAAACACAUCUUCAUCCUCCUCGGGGUGGUGCUGUUCUUGGCAUCUUUCACGGCCACUGCUCUGCUUACACUGGCUUAUAAACUUCCCGUGGUGGCUCCGACAGAAGUCAGUGAAAAUGUGGCUGCAUCGUAUUUCUUGGAGUAUUAUACUAAGCCCUAUUGCCGUUUUGGGCCGUUCCUUGUUGGUGUGUUUCUAAGCAUUCUCAUGCACCAAAACCACCAGGAAAACAUUCUGAAAACCAAGUUGCAGGCCCUGCUGGGGUGGACUUGCUCCCUGUCCACUCUGUUUGCAGUGGUCGCUCUGGCGUACGCAGUGGACGACGCCUCUGCUUCCUCCUCAGUGGCCGCGGCCCUCUACCAGGCCCUCCACCGGACCCUGUGGGCGGCAGCCGUGGGCUGGGUCCUUUUCGCCUGCUGGGGAGGCUAUGGAGGUCUGGUGAACCGGAUGCUUUCUUGGGACGUCUGGAGUUUCCUGGCCAGCAUCAGUUACGCUUGCUACUUGGUGCAUCCGAUUCUGAUCAUCCUCUACAACGGGCUCCAGGAAACGCUUAUUCACUACACCGACGCCAACAUGUUCUAUCUUUUCUCCGGACACUGUUUGCUGACGUUCGUCACUGGGCUAGCCCUGACACUGUUCAUUGAGAAGCCGUGUCAGGAACUGAAGCGGUGCCUGCUGGACCAUGAGUGUUCUGGUUAA